AUGACUCGCCUAACUGUUCCCCUAAUAAUCAACGGCAAGGAGGAGAUCUCCACUGCCACCUUCGACGUGAUCAGCCCCUACACGAACCAAUCUUGCUGGUCCGCCGUGGCGGCUACCCCGCAAGAUGCCAUUCGCGCCGUGGAGGCCGCUGACGCUGCGUUUCCCGCGUGGUCACAGACAAAACCAACAGCCAGGCGGGAUAUCCUGCUCAAGGCAGCGGAUAUCCUUGAGGAACGUCUAGAACAGAAUGCCGAGUAUAUGCGCACGGAAAUGGGUGCUGACCAUGGCGCAUCGCAGAUGUUUGUCGUGCCAUUGGCGAUUCGUAUGCUGCGCGAUGUGGCGGGCCGCAUCACCUCCAUUUGCGGGAGUGUUCCUGUCGUUGAGGCGGAGGGGCAGAGUGCCAUGGUGUUUAAAGAGGCCAUGGGUGUGAUUCUGGGCAUUGUGCCAUGGAACGCUCCUUACGUCUUUGGGAUUCGUUCUGCGGCAUGCGCGCUGGCCGCGGGCAAUACGACCAUCUUGAAAUCUUCUGAGCUGACCCCGCGCUGCUACUGGGCCAUUGGACGUGCGUUCGAGGAUGCUGGUUUGCCCGCGGGCUGUCUGAAUAUCCUGUCGUGUCGUCCACAGGAUGCCCCCGAGGUCGUCAAUGCCAUGAUCGAGCACCCUGCAGUUCGUAAGAUCAACUUCACCGGCAGCACGGUCGUAGGCCGGAAGAUUGCCCGCGCAUGCGGACAGAGUCUCAAGCCGUGUUUGAUGGAGCUGGGAGGGAAGAACAGCUCCAUCGUGUGUGCGGAUGCCGAUUUGAAGACUGCCGUGCAAGGUGUGUUGGCCGGCGCAUUCUUAAACUCCGGCCAGAUCUGUAUGGCCACAGACCGCAUCCUCGUUCACUCCUCAAUCGCACCAGCAUUCAUCGAGGCCCUCAAGAGCGCACUCGCCGCAGGUGCCAAUGCAUCACCCCUGCCCCCGACUCUGGUCAACACUGCCUCUAAAAGUCGCGUUGAGGCCCUCAUCUCUAAUGCGCUCGCGAGCGGUGCACACUUUAUCUCGGGGUCCGCAGAGAUCAAACUCCCCGCCGACUCGGGGGUGCGCAUGGCCCCCGCCGUGCUGGGAGGUGUCAAGGAGGAUAUGGCGCUGUGGCAGGAAGAAGCCUUUGCAUCCGUGGCCGCAUGCAUGGUCUUUGACAAAGAGGACGAGGCAAUUCGCCUCGCUAAUGGCAGUGGAUACGGUCUGUCUGCGUCGGUGUUUACAGAAGAUCUGCGCAAGGGCUUGGCGAUGGCCAAACGUCUUCAAUCUGGGGCGGUCCAUAUUAACAGCAUGACAAUCCAUGACGAGCCCGUUCUGCCGCAUGGUGGCGUGAAGAAUAGUGGAUGGGGUCGGUUCAACGCCGCGGAGGGAUUGAAUGAAUUUUUGGUGACCAAGAGUGUGACUUGGAUGGACUGA